AUGUUCAAAAGAUUUGGAAUGGAAGACUGUAAGGAAGCAAGCACUCCCAUUGCUCCGAACCAGAUCAUAACGAAAGAGAUGUGGCCACAGACGGAUGAAGAGAGGAAGUCAAUGGAAAAGGUUCCCUACCGAGAAGCAAUUGGUAGUCUGUUAUAUGCGUCUCAGGGGACACGACCUGACAUUUGUCAUGCUGUUGGCGUCCUAAGCCGUUUUUCAAACGAUCCAGGGCAAGCUCAUUGGUCCUGUGUGAAAAGAAUAUUUCGUUACCUCAAAGGUACUAUAAACAAAAAGCUACAUUUCUUCGAAAGUUCUCCCUCCCCCGAGCUAGAGGGAUUCUCCGAUUCAGAUUGGGCAGGCGAUAAAGACGACCGUCGCUCCACGUCUGGUUACAUCUUUAGUCAUGCAGGAGGCCCCAUAAGUUGGUGCUCUAAAAAGCAACAAACAGUCGCCCUAUCGACGGCAGAAGCUGAAUAUAUGGCCUUAAGUUCAGCUACUCAAGAACUGUUGUGGUUGGUGCAACUGCAACAGGAGCUACUCAAGAAACAAUGUCGCCCAGUACCAUUAUAUUGUGACAACCGUGGAUCAAUAAAUCUCAGUUCGAACCGAGUGUUAUCCCCCCGAGUAAGCAUAUAG